UAACCACAAGAGGUCCACUCUCCAACAAAACCGCAGGAGGUCAUACCGCAUCUCACCUGCCUCAAUAUGGAGAACAAGACCUCUCAAAUUACAGGACUCGCGACCAAGCUCAAAGACGAAGUGACUCGCCUGGAGGCAGCUCUUCAAGCUCUCGGUGCCGAGAGUCCCUCCUUCUCUCAGAAUGCCUCACCCGAGCUACCCCGCUCACCAGACGUUCAAUUAGCCCAGAAUGCUAUACUCGAGUGCUGUACCGAGCUCCAGGCCCUGGUGGAAGGCCCUUUGGAGAAUCUUGUGCGCAUCACAAGCCCUCGGAUGAAUAUACUUAUGGCUCUCCAUGCCAUCUUUCACUACAACAUCGCCAAAAACGUUGCCAAAGACGAAGAAGUCUCCUUCGAGGAGAUCGGUCAACGAUGCAACAUGGACGUUGACGACGCUCGACGGCUCAUCCGCAUGGCCAUCUCAUUCCACAUCUUCCAGGAGCCGCGAAAGGGAUUCAUUUCUCACACCGCUAACUCCGCUGUUAUUGUCGACAACGAACUCCUUUAUCAAUGGAUCGGGCUCGUGUGCGACGACAUGUGGCCGAAUGGUCCACAGCUUGUGCCAGCGAUGAAGAAAUGGCCUGGCUCGAAGGAACCCACCGAAACUGCAUUUGCUCUGACCAACGGCGUUGGCAUGUGGGAAUUUCUGAAGGAGAAUCCCCAAAAGGCCCAACGUUUUGCUCGGGGAAUUCAGUUCCUCCAAAACCACCCAGCUUUCGACAUCGGUCAUUUGUUCACCUCCUUGGCCUGGGAUGUGGACUGCGAGCUUACCAUAGUUGAUGUGGGUGGUUCGCAUGGCGCAAUUGCCCAAGCCUUGCUCGACCGAUAUCCCAGCCUGCAGAUCCAUGUUCAGGACCUUCCAGAAGUGAUCAGUGGAGCCACAGUCCCAUCCCAGUUUGAGGGUCGCCUACACUUUGUUGCUCACGACUUCUUCACCGAGCAACCUCUCAAAGCCGGUGUCUACUUCUUGCGGUCGAUUCUGCAUGACUGGUCAGACAAGUAUGCAGUCCAAAUCAUUCAGAAUCUGAUUCCUGCGCUGGAGCCAGGCGCAAAGGUCAUUGUCAACGAAGUCUGCAUGCCGGAGCCGAACACUCUGCCGUUCUACCUUUCCCAGCUCAUCAGAGGGUAUGAUCUUGCGAUGAAGCAGGAGUUCAACUCCAAGGAGCGCGAUGCCGAGGAGUGGGAAAGCCUCUUCCAGCUUGCAGACAAGCGGUUCAAGUUGAACCGAAUCGUGGUCCCGCCUGGUUCCAUUCUCGCGGUUGUCGAGUUCGUUUGGCAACCAGAGACGGCAGAAGGUUAGGCUUUUGCGAGGCAGCAACCUAGGGUUACUUGGCUCAUUCUGUAUCGAGACAUUUCUCUUUUAGCUUAGCUUUUAUUAAACCGAUGCCUGCAUCUGCAAACUCCCC